CGCUGCUCGAUCGAAGAAAUUGCGAUGACCACAGAGGUCGAAUUAGAAACGCAGGUAAGCCACCGCAGCGAGGAAGGCCUGCUUGUGGCCAGUGACCCUGACGAGGUGUACUACGAGAACAACAAAAAACGCAGCUGGCUCGUCGUACUGGGCUCUUUCUUCGGGCUGCUACCCGUCUGGGGGCUUGCCAACUCGAUCGGUGUGAUCCAGACCCAACUACUCGAGUAUGAACUCUCGGGCGUAUCCACAACCACGGUCUCGUGGAUCUUCUCCAUCUACACUGCUCUUUUGCAAAUUUGCAUGAUUUUUAGUGGCACAUAUUUCGACAGACACGGGACUCGCUUGCCGCUUAUCGCCGGCACCAUCAUGAUGACUGGCUCGCUGCUCGGAUUCGCCAACAGCACAAAGGUGUACCAAAGCAUUCUCUCGUUCUCUGGUGUCGGCAUUGCGUCGGGGAUUCUCUCAUCGCCCCUCAUGGGUGCUGUUUCGCAGUACUUUCCAGCCAGAAAAAGAGCCACAGCCAUGGCUCUCGCCGGCAACGGCGGCUGUGUGGGCGGUCUUAUAAUCCCCACCAUGCUGAGAAAGACGUAUGUCAGUCUUGGAUUUGCUUGGUCGAUGAGACUGCUGGCUCUGAUCUCGUUUGUGUGUCUUGUGAUCUCUAUUUUCCUGGUCAAGGAAAGAAGAGUUGUGGAGGCAGAACAGAUGUCCCGAAAGGACACUGUGAUAUUCUAUCUCACCAAGUCGUUCAACUUCAAGGCGUUGCGAGACGACCGCAAGUUCCUGUUUUGCGUUCUGGGCUGUGUCUUUGCCGAAGGAACGGUUCUGGUGACAUCGUCGCUUUUUUCGUUCGUGUGCAUUAAAAACGGGUUUUCCUCGAGUCAGGCCUAUCUGUUUGUCACUGUGAUCAACAUUGGAGCCGUCGCGGGCAGACUUCUGAGCGGCCUUCUUGCAGAUGUCUUUUUCGGCAGCUAUAACAUCAUUAUAUUCCUCUUGGUCAUCACUGCAGUUUUCAACUUUGUCGUUUGGAUGCCGUUCAAAAGCAGCCCUGGCGCCAUGUACACCUACAGUAUCCUCUAUGGCACCUUCUAUGGCGGCAUCUACUCCCUGAUCCCCACGUGCUGCUCAAUGAUCGUCAAGAAAGAAGAGUUUGGAGCCAACUAUGCCACCAUGUAUGCCAUCACCGGACUUUCCCUGCUGGGCCUGAAUCCUGCCGCUGCAGCCAUUGUUGGUAAUGGCACCAGCAACAAACGAACAAACGGGUUCAUCGCAUACGCCUCCGCUUUGAGCCUGCUUGGGGCUGUCUGUAUCAGUCUGACGCGUGUCUUAUGCGUGGGAGCCAAGCUCAAGAAAUUUUAAGAAACUGCCACCACGAAAACCUUGCGGUUGCUGUUUUCGCAGUCAGCAAUACUGGUGUUUCCUGGGUUUUGGAGUAGUCUGCCUUGAUGAUCUUCCAGUUGGGUCCUUCUUCUUUGUGCAAUAGAGCUUCUGCUGGCGAGUUGGCGAGUUUCGGCGUCGGUAUUAAUUUCGCCCACUCCUCGGGUUUCUUGCACUCUGGACGAGCGCCCAAAUACAACUCUGUUUCGUGUAAUGUCAAAUUCCCGCUAUCUAUCAAACGUAGCUGGAUUUCCAUCGACUCCGCGCUCGGAUUGGUUAUCACCAAAGUCGAACCAAUGCACUCAAGAACCGGCAAUCUGCUUAUUGCCAUAGAAAGCGUCUCGAAAGAGCUCGACGAGGGUUCGGAACUCGGUUGCACCAGAAUCUCACGACAGCUCUUGCACCGCACGCUCGUCUUACAGCACAACUCCUGAAACAGCGGGAGCUCAUACUCGUCAACCUGUUGUUCUCUUAUCACCCCGAUUUCAGGCAACUUGCGACGCUCCACUACUUGUGCAAGUUCCAGCGACGAGUACUUCCCGAUCAAACGAUUUCGGUGUCGUGCCUCGCUGAUGUGAAGCGUUUCGUAUAGGUUCUCAUAAUGCGACUUGAGCUCGCUAAAGCGGCGGUCCAGCGCAGACUGCUUUUUCUCCCUGAUGAUCUCGUACAACGGUUGCGGCCUCGUGAGACUCCCUGUAGUGUAGGUCCAUUUACAGUUGGGACAAUUGAACCGAAAAUUCUUGCUGCUUUUCGUGUCCUGGUUGUUGCUGUCUGCCUUUACGCGGAGUCUGGAGCGGCAUGACGGACACUUGAAGCAGUGGCGUUGGCAAUAGCGCGACUCUCGGUCAAAAGAUCGCCAGCAAGACGGACAAUACUUGGAUCCGUGUUCCAGAUCAACACAACGGUAGCAUUUGAUGCUGCCACAGGAAUUGCAGAAAUAGAGCUCUUCUAGGGGGUGCCGUAGGCUGGGAUCCUGCAGGGUUAGCGGGAUCUUGUGCACGGCGCCGGGCGGCUCGCAGCACGGACAAAAU